UGACCCGUCGGUGUCAUAUUUUUUUCCCCCUUCCCUGAGGGGGAAGAAGCGCACAGCAGUCGGCCGGGGCAACCCCGCCGCUAUAAAUAGCGGGAGCGAAGCUGAGAUGUCAGAUUCCCGGGCCCUCAGCGCUUCCCCCGCGCAAUGGAAAGUCUGAGGCCCCUGUAACAGAUGAAGAUAACAUGGAGGAUGGUUGCUCUCAGAAACUUGUCUCUGCCAAGUACCUUCGACUCUUGUUGCUAAUAUUGAUUCCAUGCAUUUGUGCUCUUAUACUUUUGCUGGUGAUCCUUCUUACAUUUGUGGGUGUGUUGGGGAAAAAAUGCUUACAUUCAAAUGAAAGCGACUUACUUCACCCUGAUGGUGACACUGAAAUGCCUGAUACUCCUUUUCCAAACAUGACUGAAGGUCGUUCAAACGUGGUUCCAUCUAUGGGGAACAAAAUACAGCCACCAUCUUGGACCACAAACCCAUUAUUUCACCUUGACCAAAUACAUAAAAACUUUAGUAUACAUAAGGGCGCUGCACAGGUUGCCUCACAAACUCCAUCACUGAAAACUAGUCCUACAGGUGAAAAGAUUUUGACCAAAGCUCCUGGAGACAACUCCUGGUCAUCAACCAAUAUAGGAGACGAAACCCUAGAGUCCACAGACACAUCUGUGAAGAUCAUAGACAAGAAUUCAUCUUUUUCUAUCCUGAAACCUACCAGACCAUCUGCUGUGCAGCAAAUGGAUUUGAAAAAAAGUUCCUGCAUAAGUAUCACCUACAGCCAGUGCCAAAUGCUGCCAUAUAACCGCACCACUUUAACACCAGUCCUUUCCAUUGUCAAAAGCAUUGAAAUGGAAAAAUUUCUCAAGUUCUUCGGUUAUCUCAACCGCCUCAGCUGCUAUCAACACAUCAUGCUGUUCGGCUGUAGCCUUGCUCUUCCUGAGUGCAUCAGUGAUGGUGAUGACAGUCAUGGGCUCCUGCCUUGCAGAUCAUUCUGUGAAGCUGCAAAGGAAGGUUGUGAACCAGUUCUUGGGAUGGUGAAUUCUUCAUGGCCAGAGUUCCUAGCGUGUUUCCAGUUCCAAAACAAAACUGAAAAUAACAACACCACCAGGGUAUGCUUCUCCCCAGAACAAGAAAAAGGAAAGCGAUUGCUUUGUGAAGGGGAGGAGAGCUUCUUGUGCACAAGUGGAAUUUGCAUCCCAAGAAAACUGCAGUGCAAUGGCUAUAAUGACUGUGAUGACUGGAGCGAUGAGACACAUUGCAACUGUAGCGAAGGAGUUUUCCGCUGCAAGAUGGGAAAGUGCCUCAAUUACAGCUUUGUUUGUGAUGGUUAUGACGACUGUGGAGAUCUAAGUGAUGAGCAGAAUUGUGAAUGUGAUCCAGUAACUCAGCACCGAUGUGGAGAUGGGAGAUGCAUAACAAUGGACUGGGUGUGUGAUGGUGACCACGACUGCACAGAUAAAUCGGAUGAAGUCAACUGUUCGUGCCAUAGUCAAGGACUGGCAGAAUGCAGAAAUGGGCAGUGUGUUCCCAGUACCUUCCAGUGUGAUGGAGACAAAGACUGUAAGGAUGGAAGUGAUGAAGAGAAUUGCGCUGAAAAUAAGGGUCAGAUGCCAUGCCAUGAAGGAGAUCAGAAAUGUACUUCUGCUUCCUGUCCUGAUUCCUGUACCCACUCGCCUCUCUGCAACAUGAAUAAUAGCCGAACAAAUUGUAGUCAGUGUGAGCCAAUUAUACUGGAACUUUGCAUGAACCUGCCUUAUAAUUAUACUCAUUACCCCAACUAUUUGGGCCAUCGGACACAGAAAGAAGCCUCCAUCAGCUGGGAGUCCUCUCUGUUCCCAGCCUUAGUUCAAACUAACUGUUACAAAUACCUUAUGUUUUUUGCCUGCACAAUCUUAGUGCCAAAAUGUGAUCUUCAAACAAAUCAGCGCAUUCCACCAUGCAGAGCACUUUGUGAACAGUCCAAAGAACGAUGUGAGUCUGUACUUGGAAUUGUAGGCUUACAAUGGCCAGAAGACACUGAUUGUUCUCAGUUCCCAGAAGAAAACUCAGACAAUCAAACUUGUCUAACACCCGAUGAAGAUGUAGAAGAGUGCUCUCCCAGCCAUUUCAAGUGCCAUUCAGGAAGGUGUGUCUUAUCUUCCAGAAGAUGUGAUGGGCAAGCAGACUGUGAAGAUGAUAGUGAUGAAGAGAACUGUGGUUGCCAAGAAAGAGGUCUUUGGGAAUGUCCAGCAAGCAAACUUUGUAUCAAAUAUACCAUGAUAUGUGAUGGCUUUCCAGACUGUCCUGACAAUGUGGAUGAAACUAAUUGCUCAUUUUGCAAAACGGAUGAACUUACAUGUGCCAACCAUGACUGUGUGCCUCGAAAAUCAUGGUGUGAUGGGCAGAUAGACUGUGCUGACAAAUCAGAUGAAUGGAACUGUGUGACCCUGUCUAAAAACAGCAGCUCCUUGAUGUUCCUGACUGUUCACAAGUCAGCUUCCAAUUACCAUGUAUGCGCUGAUGAAUGGGAAGAAAAUUUAAGCCAUUUGGCAUGCAAACAAAUGGGUUUAGGGGGGCCACCUGUGACAGAAAUCGUCCCAGAGUAUGGGCAGCCACCACAUGAGAAAUGGCUAAAUCUAUACUCUGACUGGGAGACAAAGAAUAUAUCCACAUUGCAGGCCCUUUUGGUGAAAGGGUUGCCAUGCAGAAGCAGGAGUAUGGUUUCUCUUCUCUGCACCAAAGAAGACUGUGGCCGUCGCCCUGCAGCUCGCAUGAGCAAGAGGAUCCUUGGUGGGAGGACCAGUCGCCCAGGACGAUGGCCAUGGCAGUGCUCCCUGCAGAGUGAGCCAAGUGGGCAUAUAUGUGGCUGUGUCCUCAUUGCAAAGAAAUGGGUAUUGACAGUGGCACACUGCUUUGAAGGGAGAGAAAGCCCUGCUGUGUGGAAAGUGGUGUUUGGCAUCAACAACUUGGAUCAUCCUUCAGUCUUCAUGCAGACCCGCAUGGUGAAGACUAUUAUUCUGCACCCCCGUUAUAACCGUGCUGUUGUGGAUUAUGAUAUAAGCAUUGUGGAACUCAAUGAAGACAUCAAUGAGACAAGCUAUGUAAGGCCAAUCUGUCUACCCAGCAGGGAGCAGCUAGUUGAGCCAGAUACCUAUUGCUACAUCACCGGUUGGGGACACAUGGGCAACAAAAUGCCUUUCAAACUUCAGGAAGGAGAAGUUCGUAUUAUUUCCUUAGAACAGUGCCAGUCGUACUUCGACAUGAAAACCAUUACCGCCAGGAUGUUAUGUGCAGGCUAUGAAUCUGGCACUGUGGACUCUUGCAUGGGUGACAGUGGAGGACCCCUUGUAUGCGAGCAGCCUGCUGGACGCUGGACACUGUUUGGCUUAACCUCUUGGGGCUCUGUCUGCUUUUCCAAAAUUCUGGGACCUGGAGUUUAUAGCAAUGUGUCUCACUUCAUUGAAUGGAUUGAAAGGCAAAUCUACAUCCACACAUUUCUUCUCCACUAAUUCUUCAGGAUAGGAAUUCUGUGCUGACUGACAAAAAGGCAGCACACCAGAACAAUGAAGAUGUUGAAAUGAAGAAACCUGUUGAAUUAUAAAUUCUGUGGGUUACAGAUGACAGGCAACAGAGCAGAGUAAAAGAAUGGGUAUAUCUUCUGGUGCCAAAGGUGCUUCUGGGUAAUUGGUCAAAUAUUUUUGUAAUCGUUUCUGGUAUUUUUUCUUUAGCAGCGUUGUGUUACCUUUCACAUACACUCACAACAGAAUGCGUAAAGGAAAAAAAAUAAACACAUUUCUAAUGUG